UCAAUUAUCAGCACCUUCAAAGUUCGGCAGUCAAGUUUUUUGCCAGGAACAUGACUAGUCUUAACUUCGAUGAACAAGACGGGAUUUUGAGAACAAUUUCUGACGCGCCACCAACUCAUUACACGAUCAAAAUACAGUCGCUUUCAUUGCUGUCCAAACAUUCACUGGAGAAAUAUGAAUCAGGGGAGUUUGAAGCUGGAGGAUACAAAUGGAAACUGGUUUUCUAUCCAAAUGGAAACAAGAGCAGGAAUGUGACAGAGCACAUCUCUCUCAACUUAGUAUUGGCUGGAGCAAAUGCCCCCCAGACUUGUUGGGAAGUGCAUGCUGCUUUCAGGUUGUUUUUGUUUGAUCAGAAUACUGGCACGUACUUUGCUCUUCAAGAACAAAAUGAAAGGCGCUUCCAUGGGAUGAAGUUAGACUGGGGAUUUGAUAAAUUCCUCUCCCUCAAAGCUUUUACUGACGCUUCCAAUGGAUUUCUCGUGGAAGACACCUGCGUGUUUGGAGCGGAGGUCUUUGUUCGUAAAGAAAGAAGCACAUGCAAAGGAGAGUGUCUAUCAAUGAUCAAGGAUGCCAUUAUGUACAAGCAUGUUUGGAAAAUUGACAACUUCUCAAAGUUAAACGCGGAGAGCUAUGACUCACAAACAUUCAUUGCUGGAGACCAAAAAUGGAAGAUAAAACUGUAUCCCAUGGGAAGAGACGGUGCGGCGAGUGGCCAUCUCUCUCUUUAUUUGGCAUUAGCUUAUCCGACAUCUCUGCCUCCUGCCUCUAAAAUAUAUGCACAGUAUACCCUGCGCCUCCUAAAUCAAGCCACCAGCACCUAUCACCAUGAAUAUAAAGUUAGUUGGUGGUUCAGUGCCUCCAGUCCCAUGCGGGGCUGGCCGAGAUUCAUUACAGUCACAUGGUUGAAAAACACGAGCUACAGGUUCUUGGUGAACGAUAGUUGUACCGUGGAGGCAGAGGUCACUGUGCAUGGAACUGCUAGUGCGCUAGAGUAAAAUAAAUAGUAAGCGACUGCCUGCAUGUAGCUGUAUGUAUCAAAAACCUCGUCUCAAAUAUGUUGUUGAAAAAAUAUUCGUUCAUUUAUGAAUAAUAUGGUUGUAUCACUUCUCCUGGCCUUCGGUGGUCUGAAUAAUAAUAUCAUUUGUCAUUUGUCUUC